AUGACGCCCAUCCCCAGCACAACAAUGGCCCCGGCCUGUCCAGGCGGGAUGAAUAUCGAGCAAGUGCAGAUUCUCGUCCGUCAUGGCGAGCGAAGCCCAAUAUGGGCCCGCUUUCAGAAUACUGGGUUGUCUCCCUAUUGGCCGUAUUGCAGCGCCGCUCAGCGGUUCACCCAGGUUGUCAUGGCUACCCAGGAUGGCUCCAGAUGGGAAACUACGACUUGGAAGAGACGCCUAGAGACGUCUGGGCCCGGCGGGCGACCGAUUCCCGCGCAGGGAGCAGGCGGCGAGACCAGCAGCAUCUGUAUGCCUGGAGAGCUCACCGACAGAGGACGGGAAACCUCACUUGCCUUCGGCAAGUGGUUACGCCGGCUCUACGUCGAUCAGCUGGGCUUAUUGCCAGAGCAUCUAUCAGAUGCUACAAUGCUCUAUAUCCGAACAACGGAGGUGCCGCGAGUCGUCGAGUCGGUGCAGCAGAUCUUACACGGCCUGUAUUCCUCGGGUACAAACCGAACGUCGGCUCCCUGGGAUAUUGCUAUGCGCUCACGGGCCGAGGAGACGCUGCUCCCAAACACCAAAUCAUGUGCUAGACUCGCCGAGCUUACCAGAGCAUUUUCUCAGGCGGCCGCAGAGAAGUGGAACGGAAGCGACGACAUGAGGUAUCUGUCUGAAAAGCUGGGCAAAUGGAUGCCUGGUAAUAAGGUCUUGGCUGUAGACUCUCGGCCUAGUUUGUCGGCUGUCAUGGACUCUAUCAACGCAACACUUGCCCAUGGGCCCGACACCCGGCUUCCCGACGAAUUUUACGACGAACGAGUUCGCAAAGUCAUCGACCGCAUCGUAAUCGACGAGAAGUUUGGCGGCUAUGGUACCUCUCGCGAACUACGAAUGCUUGGCGUAGGCCAGUUGGUGGGAGAUCUGGUCCUGAAGAUGGUUGACCAAACAGAGUGGAACCGGAGACACGACACGCUGCGAGACCCUACCGUACAACCAAGCGCCCCGCCCAGGCUAUCCCUCUUAGGUUGUCACGACCGCACCAUCGGCGUAGUUCUAGCAAGCCUUGGGUGUCUUGAUAGCAACGAGAAAUGGCCGCCCUUUACUAGCCACAUUAUCUUUGAACUGCUUCGCAAGAAACGGACACCUUCCCCGAGUAUGAAUGAAGGUGGUCGGUGGGGGCUAUGGGGGGGUGCUACCACUGGCUUGAUUCUAACCACGGAUCAGGGAGACACGGGCGAGCCGCGAGGCGUCGGGCGACAACCAGUCGAGAAACUCACGACGGAGGUACAGGAUCUUGACGAAUACUUUGUGAGAGUCAGAUAUAACGACCGCAUCAUGACGAUCCCCGGAUGUCGAGCGGAAGGGAAGCAUUUUGAUAGGGAUGAAAGUCUCUGCACGCUGUCGGCAUUCAGGUCUAUUGUACACAAGUUUACUCCUAGAAGUUGGAAACGCGCGUGUAACUCUAAUUUGGGUGCUUCACCGACCACGAUGAGCAAUGAACCGGCCGGAUAUUAG